AUGAAAAAUUAUAUCGAGCCUUUCCAAUCAAAAAACAUAAAUCCAAACCUUCAUCCUAUUCCUAACUUGGACGAUUCUCUAGAAUCGCCUAUACCAAAACAGAUACCUCUCUCACUCCCCAUAUGUGAGCGAGCGAAAAACAUAGUAAAUUUAAAUUGUAGGAAAAAUUAAUAUCUCUUUAUGAACGAACAAAAAUUAAUUUUUUUAUAUCGAAAUCCCUUUAUAUUGCAGUUAUAAUUAAUUAAAUAUAAUCUUGUUCAAUUUUUUAAAGCUGGCAUUCUAAAUUGGAAAUUAAUAUCUAAAAUUAAGUGAUUUACUAUCAAACUUAUUACAAGGUAAAUUUUCACAAUCUUGCUCAUUUAGAGAUCGGCUAGUCAGCAGAAGUUCUUGCUGCUCAUACUGCUAACUCUCAAGAACCUUGAUCGAGCAGAUUUCAUUUGCUAAUUAAUGAUGGGGUGUUAAAUAAUUUUUGAAAAUUUUUUAUUAAACCCGAAAAUUUUCUCAUAUAAAAUACUAGCUGCAAGAAACUGAAUGCGUAAUAUAUUAGCAAAUAUACUAGAAUUAGUAUUAAAAAACCCGAUUAUAUGUAGUAAUUAAUAAAUAUAAUUAUUAACUUAGGUAUGUAUAUAAUAGAAAAAUGUGUUUGGUAUAUGAAAAUCGAUCAAUUCUAGCUGUGUUUAAUCUUUACAGUACCAUUCAACGAAUAAUGGGAGAGUAAGCAGCAAAAAUCAGGAAAAGCAUCAUAUAUGCAAAAAUUUUUACGCGAGCAGCGUCAUGAGGCUGGCUAUACUUCUGGUCAAGCACAGAUCCCAACUUGACACCCCCACUCCCCCACUCCCCCACUCCCCCACUCCCCCACUCCCCCACUCCCCCACUCCCCCACUCCCCCACUCCCCCACUCCCCCACUCCCCCACUCCCCCACUCCCACACUCCCCCAUGCAUGGAUCCCACCCUCAUCCCCCUACUAUGCAUGGAUCACACCCCCACCCCUAUGUUAAUAGAUCCCACCCCCACCCCCACCCCCACCCCCACCCCCACCCCCACCCCCACCCCCACCCCCACCCCCACCCCCACCCCCACCCCCACCCCCACCCCCACCCCCACCCCCACCCCCACCCCCACCCCCUCCACCCCCCCUAUCAUAUAGGUAAAAAUAUAAGUAUCAAAUCUUACAAAUAAGACAUAUAAGAAAAUUUUAUUUAAUUCCUAAAUGGAUUCAUAAAUAGAUUCAUAAAUAAAUAUUAAUGAUCAUAAGUAUAUUUAGCAUAGACUGAUAUAACCAACAUAUUAGUAAUACAUUUAAAAUAAAAUAAUUGCAAAAAACUUGUUACAUAGAAAGGAAUCAAUAAAUGACUCAAAAAAUAUUUUGAUGUCUCUUAUAAAGUUUUUACUCCCCCCCAUUUACUAAUGAACACUUUUUUUGUUCGUUAUUAAAUGGGUCUAACUUAUAAAUUUUUCGGAAAAAAUAUAUAGAAAAUUCCUGGGGAUAGCGCGGAAUACGCUAUCCCCAGGAAUUUAGUAUAUAUAAAAUUUAUAUUAAAUAUCUAUGAUUUUUAUAUAUAAAAAUUUCAAUAAAGGGUUAAUAAUAAAAAAUUCAAAUGAUAGUAACAGAAAGAGAAAGCGCCUAAAUUUAUGCGAAAAGAUAACUAUUGCUAACUCCCCCACUCUGUGAGCGAACAAAACCAUUAAAAAAGGCCCUCACUCUUCGUGAGCAAAAAAUAAUUUUUUAAUAGAAAAAUUGUUUAUGGAAAAAUUUUUGAUAUAUAAGUGAUAAUUAUUAUAAUGAAAUGCAGAGCUAAUUCUGUUUAAUUUUAAACAAAUUGCGUUUUAAAACAUAAAUUUUGCAAAUUCAAUUAAUAUUUGCUUUCCAAUUUUUGCGAAUCAGGAUUUUUUUUAAAUUUCGUUAAGCAAAUUUUCGAUAAUAUAUAUAUAAUUUUUUUUACAAAAAAAAAAUUAAUCCCCUUAGUGAGCAAACGAGAUUGUUUUGUUCGCUCACGGAGCGGGGAGUAAAGCAUCACCUUAAGAUUAUGCCACUAGUGCUUAUUAGCUCUUAUCUAUUAUUCUUUGCUCGAUUAUGCUUGCUCUUAUCUUACUCUAACUACUUAAAAUUAGUAAACUGUAAAGACUAAAUUAGCUUAUAUAAAUGCUAUAAUAAAUUUUGCUCGUUAUUAAAUGGGGCCUAAGCGGGGGGAGCUAGCCUGCAUUCUUUGGAAAAUUUUGACCUUUAUAUGAUUUAAGCCACGAGGUAUGUGCUUGAAGGUUCAUUGAAAAUAUGCUUCCUCACUAGCACUCUGUAUCUGAUUUUUUUUUAAUUUUUUAUGUUUUGAACAAUAAUAUGCUUUAAUUAUCUUUAAUACAAUUUACAUUAUAUAGGGGGGUGGGGGUGGCAUCUAUUAAUGGAAAAGGGGGUAUGGGUGGGAUCUAUGGAUACAAGGGGGGUGGGGGUGUGAUGUAUACAUCCAAACUGUGGGGGUGGGGGUGGGGGUGGGGGUGGGGGUGGGGGUGGGGGUGGGGGUGGGGGUGGGGGUGGGGGUGGGGGUGGGGGUGGGGGUGGAGGUGGUGGGGGUGGAGGUGUCAGGUUGGGAUCUGUGCUUGACCAUACUUCUCCAGAUGCUGAUUACUUAUCCCAUGACGGAAACUCUUCUCCAAAGCUUGAUAUCGACGCUAAAACUGUCAAAUCUGAUUAUAUUGAUUCCCCACAAGGACUUAGAUCUCAAGAAAACGAUCUCCAAAGAUCAGUCAGUUUUUCAGACUUAAAACGUCUUGAAGAAAACAGAAAGAAAAAAAUUUUUAAGCCUGUAUCAUCCAUUUAGAUUCAAUUUAAUAUAAUCAUUGUUGGAGACUCAGGGGUUGGGAAAACAUCUUUUAUAAACACUUUUCUGUCAAUGAAAUUUAAUCGAUUUGUGCCUGAGGAAUUAGGCAACAAUAUGAUUCGGUCUACAACAGAAAUUAGGCAAAAUUCGGCUAAAAAAGUCGUUGGUGAUUUAACUUAUAAAGUUAACAUGAUUGAUACCCCAGGAUAUGGAAAAUCGAAGAAUUUUUCUAAAUGAUUAGAGAGUAUCAUAGGCUGCAUAAUUGAAUCUGCAACUUUAUACAAGGAAGCUAAAAAAUAUGCUGAGGAACCAGAAGAUACCAGAAUCCAUUUAUGCUUGUACUUUAUCGAAGGCCCAAGAUGUAAGGAGAAUGAUCUUCGUGCUAUGUUUCGGCUUCAAAAAUAUGUGCAAAUUAUCCCGAUCUUAGCCAAAGCAGAUGCAUAUUCAUCAAAAGAGCAAAUAGAAAGUGUAAAACGACAUCUCCAGGAUGAAAUUUUUAAUUUUGACAUUAAAAUAUUCGAUUGUCCAAGUGCACUAGGCAAUGAUAUUGAUAUGCUGGCUAAUGUAAAAUAUGCACCACUUCAGCCAGUUCCGCCUUUUGCAAUCAUUUCUGCCACGCAAUUUAUAGAAACUCACUCUAGAAUGAAAUAUGGGAGAGCUUAUGAAUGGGGGUUCUGCGAUGUAGAUGAUAAGAACACUUCAGAUUUUUCUAUAUUAAGUAGACUUCUUAUGGGACAUUUUGUAGAUUAUGCAAUUAAUGUUUCAAAAAGAAUGCAUAAGAAUAAUUUAAGAGAGAUUAAGAAUAAAACGAGAAACCAAAAGCAAGCUAAACAAGAAUUAUUUGUGAAUAGCAGUUAUAUUAAAGGACUUGCUAUAGGAGUUAUUGGGACGAUAGGAAUAGGAGGAUUUCUUCUGAUGAAAAAGAACUAA